GACGAAGCAGCGGGACAGCAGGGCGCUGGUAGCUCAGCACCGGGCGCGCCAAAGAGCGGAAAGCGCGAGGAGCUGUACGGGGGAGAAACGAAGCCAUAUUUGUGAUGAGUGUUGAAGAUUGAGACUUCAAUGAGCACUUUGAAGUUUUUACUCAAUGGCGAUUUCUAGACGGAUAGUUUUUUGACAUGGCGUCAUUCCGAAAGAAUCGGAAAGCGUUCGGUCCGAUCUCGGCUGGGCUCUUGUCGGGGAAUCAUGUUUUCGUAAUCUUCACAUCUUAUUUGUAGGUCAGGGAGCGAACUCACACAAUUAAGGGAACUGAGACCAAGGUGUGGUACUUCGAAAUGUUCGUUUUGGCGGCUGCUGUGGCACUGGCAUGGUAUGAAUCCUGAGCAUGACGUCGACCCCGCCUGCUGCAUGUUCGUCUGUGCUCAAGCUCCAAAGAACUGGGAUGAGCAGCUGGGAUCUUGACAAGGACAGCUCAGAUGGCUGGUACAAAAACUUGCUGCAGUCCCCGCGCAACGCGUUAUUUUGCAAUGCCGCCUUUCCAAACUACCCCAAUAAUACCAGACAGCAAUUCCACAGUUCGACACAACCGCACCGCGUGUCCAACAUGUCCUCCACAUCGCCCAAAUCAACCGGCAACCGCUUCCUGAGCUUCGAGAAGAACCCUCCUCGCAUAUGGCUAACGGCCCUAUCCCCCCACGCUCCCGAGAAAGCUCUCCUAUCCUGGCAAGAUGAAGGCUUCGAUGUGCGAUAUCUCCCAUACGACUCUGCCGACCAAGCCGACUUCAUUCGCACAAUCAAGAAUCUUCACGUGGAUCUCAAGCUCGGCGAACAUUACGCCAUAGUAGCGUAUGGCGAGGCCGCAAGCAUGGUCUUGAAGGCAGCGUUCAAGCCAAUGGUGAAAUGCUGCGCAAUCGUAGCCUACUACCCACCGCUACUUCCGAGCCCGAAUUUUAAGUAUCCGGACUCGCUGCAGCUGCAAAUGCAUCUCGCUGGCCUGAAGCAGGACGAUUACCCGCAUCCCGACCUCUGUAAAUGGAAGUUCUACCGCUACGACGACUGCACCACGGGCUUUGCGGAUCCUUCUUCGCGAACCUAUUCGGACGUCGAAGCGAACUUGGCAUGGAGCAGGGCGUUGGCGUGCGUGAGAAAAGGAUUCAACGAGGACGUCGACCUGGAACCGGUAGUGCGCAGUUUCUGGGAGGCGAAAUACGAGGACGACCUGCCUGAGCGGGGGAGCAUGAGCGUGGUCAAGAACAUGACACAGAACAGCCCGCACGUCACUAUUCUGCCGACACUAGAAGGAGGCGUCGGGAGAAAGAAUUUGCAGGAGUUCUACAGGGAGUUUUUCAUUCCGAGUCUGGUUGAGGACUUCAAGAUUCGGUUGGUGUCGAGGACAAUAGGCGUCGAUCGUGUGGUUGACGAGAUGGUCGUGUCUUUCACUCACUCCGACGAGAUUGAUUGGAUAUUGCCGGGCGUGCCACCGACAGACAAGUAUGUGGAGAUACCCGUCGUCAGUAUUGUGGCCAUAAAAGGAGGGAAGUUGGUGUCGGAGCAUAUGUAUUACGAUGCGGCGUCGGUGUUGAUGCAAGUCGGGCUGCUGGACCCUAAGAAUGUGCCGAAGAACUUUAGAAAUCAGGGGCUGAAACGGUUGCCGGUUACUGGUGUGGAGGCAGCGAAACAAUUGGUGGAACCACGGCAAGAGCGAUAUAAUGGUCUGUUGCAGGAACAUGGGUUGAUGGAUGGACUGAAUGGCUCGAACAAGUAGACGGUUCCUGAACGAUGCCUCCAUGUGCUAAAGCUUCGUGUUCCCGUAUUUGGCGUGCAGUCUCUUCAGCCGAUGAAAC